CUGAUUCAUAAGGAGCAGAGCUCCCAAAGGAGGUGUCUGUCACAGCCGGAGCCGGGACCAGGGAAGGCGCAAGGAACUGCACUCAGAUUCCCGUCGGGUGCCUUCCGCUUGAGACGGCCGAUUAAAGAAAAGGUUUGUCGUGGCCCUUGGUGGAUAAAGGCACGUGGAGAAGUCACCUCGAAGGCAAGGAGGAGACAACGCUCCCAGACUGAAUAUUAAGGCAGGAAGCCAAAGCAAUGUCUCAGGUCAUACCCAGCCACGUGCUACGGGUUGGCCAGACAAUACGUGUUGCAUCCCAGGAAGAAAGCAGAAGCUUACAUCCAGCCGGGAGCCCCUGCUGCUCCAGCUUGACUACAACAUGUUCUUACUAUUCAGCCGAGGGUUGGCUCAGCCAGCCUAUAAUGGCACAAACCAAAGCCCAUCUGCAUGGACCUAACUCGAAUGCCGUGUUCACGCGUGUGGCCUCUCCCACCCCCGGGAAAGAGCAUCAGGUUGCCUCUUUGGAAAGAGCCAGUCCCACACAUCAGCCAGAGGGCGAAGAGGAGAUCGAGGGGACUCCCGAGGCUAGUCCAGUGUCUCCGACCCUGGACGUGUCGAUAGAAAACCUGAACCAACUGAUCCUAGAAAUCGACCCGACCUUUCAGCCCCUCCUGCUCAAACCAGACAGCAGCAAGAAGUACACGGCCCAACCCACGUCUCCUGGCAACGCGGCUGUGACCGAGAAACCAGACCCCGAUUCGUUAGAGAUCAAGUACAUCGAAAUGACCCCUGCCCGAGCCAAGAGCCACGAAUCCAUGCAGGGCUCGGCCAGUCCUUGCGUCACUCCGCUCUCCAUGUCACCCCAAGGCAGCUGCUUCCUGCUAGCCCGGGACAACUGCACCCCGAACGGCAGUCUUGUCUUCUCGAGCCCCUCCGGGCCUGACAGCAACCGGGCAGCUUCUCAAAAUCAGCCACCCACUGGGAGCUCCCCCCAGACCUGCUACAGAGUGUCUGAAUGUGUGUCCAUCCCACAGCGUGGUCAGAAGGAUUGCAUCUCCUACGGGCCAAAUACUCUCCUGGCCACCUCUCCCGGCCUGGAGAGUUUGCGGAAGGCUUUGUACAUUGGGCGGGCUCCGCAGAGAACCAGCAGGGUCUCCGUGCUCUCCACGAGCCCGGGAUCAGACACCAGCUACAUGCUUGGAAGCAGUACUCAAUCGCUUCCCAACGAUGACUCCGACUCUUACCAACCUGCCCACAGAUCAGCGGAAAGCCCCUUAUCCGUCAGCUCCUUCGGCAGCCCUUGUCUCGCCUCCCCCGGCAUUCAAGUCGAUCGUUUUGGAGAUGCCUUUAGCCCGGGUUCCAAUUCCAACAAAGUGAACAACUCUUCCUCCCCGCCACUCCAGAAGGGACAUGCCAGCAGCUGUCCCCCAUCCAUCGUUAACUCCAUGGCUGAUAUCCCCAUACUGCUGGUCAACGGAUGUCUGGAACAUGGCGAGACGUCUCCCAGGAUGGGCAAAGACUUCCAGCGUUCCGUCAAGCAGACAAUUCCACCCAAUUCCAGCUCCUCCUCAGGGAUAAACAGCUUGAAUAAGACCUCUUCUGAAACAUCUCUCUCCUUCUGCUCGGCCGGUCCCUCCAAAGAUGGUGAGCCAACCAUGAAGUUUGUGAUGGACACGUCAAAAUACUGGUUCAAGCCAAGCAUUACAAGGGACCAAGCAAUCCAACUUCUGAAGGAGGCGGAACCGGGCGCUUUCCUCAUGCGGGACAGCACGUCGUACCGCGGGUCGUUUGGGCUGGCGAUGAAGGUUCUCAGCUCACCAUCCGGCUGCAAGACAGGUGAUGACAGCAGCGACCAGGUCCGACACUUCCUCAUUGAGUCAUCUGCCAAAGGAGUGCACCUUAAAGGGGCCAGCGAGGAGCCCUACUUUGGGAGCCUGUCUGCCUUCGUCUACCAGCACGCCAUGACAGCACUAGCCUUGCCCUGCAAGCUGGCCAUCCCCACACGAGAUUUUGCUGGUGGAGAAAAUAGCUCUGAGACCCCCCUGGAAUCUGCAAUUUCUGCAAUGAAGAAAACUGCUGCCUGCAACGUCUUGUACCUCAACUCGGUGAGCGUGGAGACGCUGACCGGCGCCUCGGCGGUUCAGAAAGCCGUCUCCUCCACCUUCGAACUGGAGACGCCGCCCACGCCCACCAUCGUUCACUUCAAAGUGACCAAGCAAGGAAUAACCCUGACCGACGUCCAGAGAAAGGUGUUUUUCCGACGGCACUAUCCCCUCGCUGCCCUCAGCUUCUGUAGCAUGGACCCUGAGAACAGAAAGUGGCAAAAGUACUGCAAGUCUUCAAGGAUCUUUGGCUUUGUAGCCAAAAGCCAAAUGGAUGCCGAGAAUCUCUGUCAUCUCUUUGCCGAGUACGACACUGUGCAGCCGGCUUCUCUUGUCAUUGACUUUCUCAGCAAACUCCUCCCAGAGCAGUAGCUGAUGCAGACCUGCGGAGACGCCGUUGCUGCCAGUACCUGGAUGCCGCUUCCUACCGUUCUGUUGCUACCUUGUUGCAUUUUGGCAACUGCUCCUAUUUAUAACUUUUGUUACGUACUUUGAUGUCCGGAGUUUCAGAGGAAGGUUUUACACUCCCUGCUCAGUCCUGGGAGGCGCUGAUGGGAUCAGAUCCCAUUCAAGACCUCUGAUGAGGAAUCACAUGGAAAUGCCGAAUGCCUUGCAUGUAUAUAUCGCAGCCUGCAGGAAGCCACGGCGGGUCAGAUGGUGGAUGAGUGUGUGAGGGGCUGGAUUUGCCUUGCAAAAUUAUUUGCUCACUCAUCAGGGGUGAGUCAUUUUGUCCUUUAUCAGGCAGGGAAAAUAUUGGGGCCAAGAUUUUUGAUAGUGAUGCCUUGAUUUCGGGGUGCCCAAUUUGAGACCCUUAAAGGGGUCUGAGCUCCCACCCUCCAAAAGUCCGGGUUAGCACCGCCCGACCUCACAGAUGUCUUGUGAGGAUAAAUGGUGCCCUGCUACAAUGGUACCAGGGGCCAGGCGAGGACCUUCCGUAGACCGAUAGGCCCUUCGCAGUAGCCUCCAGGUUGAUUCUGCAAAUCAAGGCACCUAUGAUCACAAGCUGCUUCUGAAAAAACUUGGCUCCCUACAUGUUUGUGUCUGAAAUGUUGGGCAAAGCAGAUUUUUUUUUGGCCUGGGCUGGUAAAUUUUUGUGCCAUUUUUGCUGGAUUAGCCUAGCUCGAAAUAUCCAGAUCAUGACGAGCGGAGAAAUAAACACUGACGUUUUCAUGACAGUAAAUGUAUCGGCUUUUUGGAGGAGACUGGGCCAGAUCCAUUGGCGGUGCUUCCUUCUGGAGCGCUCCACGUGCUGAAGGAAGCAGGUGACUCCAGUAGGUAAGAGGCUCGAUUGCAUAGCUAGGGCGUUGGGCUGGGAGCCAGGAGAUCUGAGGUCUACUCCCCCUCCCCCCCUUCACUCAGUGGCCAUAAACUGAAGGUCUCGUCCCUUCCGAGCAGGAGGAGAUAAGGCAGGGAACUGAGCUAGUGAGUCUGGGCCUGGGAAAUCAGCUUGACAUGAGUGCAUAGCUACCGCAGUCUGCUUUACCCGCUCGAGACGCCAAAAUCCGGGGCAGUUGGCUUGUUUGUGUCUCUUCAUCCGCUAACUGCUGUAUUUUCACAGCACUUCCUGCGCUAUUUAUGGAGGAGUAACAUGGUACAAAAGCACCAGGUUGUGUAACUCUUUGGCCGGGGCUCAGGUGGGCAGCCCGGUCUAAUUAGGGGCAAGGCUUGGGGCAGCAGGGUCUAGUGGUUAAAGCCCUGGACUGGGACUCUGGAGGCUUGGGUUCUACUCCUGGCAGCCAAUGACCUGCUGUGUGACCGUAGGCAAGUUCCUCCACCGCUCUGUGCCUCAGUUUCCCCUCCUGCUCUUUGUCUGUCUUUGCUAUAAUGGCAGUGCCCAAAAGGCGCCCGCUGGGCCUUGGGGCCCCCAUUGUGCUGCAGGGCGACCUCUUGCUCUGUACUGCACUCAGCACAAGGAGGCCCCAGAUCCAGUGUAUCACAUUAAUGUCUGGCCGAGUCAGAUGCGAACGAGUAUAAAACGAGGCAGGAGCCUUCAAACUCCAGGGGAAGUCGUUCUUGAACCAGUGCACUCAUUUCUAUGUAACAAUGUGGGGGGGGGGAGUAUUCUGAGCUUAGACUUUCAGUGAAGAUAUAUUAUGAAAUGGAAUCCACUAGAUCUGUUGUUUUGCAAGAGUUCAAAGGUCUCCAUUCUGGCCGUGUGAUCCAUUGCUCAGGACUCUCCAGUCGCUGAUGGAGAGGAUAGGGAAUGGAUUCCCUCUCGUUCCAAUUCAUUGGGAGCCGCAAAACAGGGCAUCCAACACUGAUCUCCUGAGCCCGCACUGAGCCCCCCUCGCCACUGGCCCCCCAGACCUCCAGCCUCGCCCGGAACCGGGGCUGACCUGGUGCCUAGCCUGUCUGCCGUUUCUCUGCACAGGCUUGAAUUUCACCCGAGGGGAAUAACGAGUCAAGGCUCCAUUGUCGUCAGCUCCCCAAAUGAGUCUCUUCUGAGGCCAGGCCACGUGGCCAUCCCAACCUGGCCUUUUGGAGCAGAGGCGCUUUCUGCCGAGUCUAUAACACGUAAUCACAAUGCCUGCUGGGUCGCCGGCCUCUCCGCUGAGGGGGUUUACCAGGGAGCCAAUUAGCACCAACCGCAAAUUCCUCCAGACUUUCUUUUGUUGUUGUUGCAAACAAAUAAAGAGCCACACGCAGCCAGAGUUCUGCAGUUGGGAGUCGAGCGCCGAGAGAUGAGCCAGUUUAGAACACCAGGGGGCGCCAGCGAGUCAGCUUUUAUCUCCGGCCCCUUUUGCACAUCUUCGGGGAGUUAUAAAGACGUAGGAACGUCUGUCUGGCAGCUUUGCUGGUUAUUGUAAUGCUGUUUUGAUUAAACAAAAUUUAAUCACU